UGUUCCAUACGUCCGGUUACUGUGACAACAAUUAUUAACCACAUCUGAAAUGUUCCAGAAUGCUGCUUCAAACGAUAUUUGAAUUUAAGCAGCUGUUUCGGAAGCGCGCGUGCUGGAAGGCUGGAAGCGUCGACUGGUUUGCAUGGAACAUACAGCAGACGGACCUCAGCCUGCGCUUUGUCAACUGAGCGUUAGCUCACCACAGCUUCGAGGCGUUUAAAUACGAUGGACGAGUCCGGGUUAGUCUCAGUUAAAGAGGCAACUUCAGCUCAGAUACUGGAAGAGUCUGAGGCCACAAAAUCUCAGGACAUUUGCCAUCAGUUUGGCUUUAUUCGCAGAAUAAAAGGAGACGGAAAUUGUUUUUACAGAGCCUUGUGCUUCCAACUUGUAGAAACACUGGUGCACAAUGAAAGUGCCAUGAAAAGGUAUAUCGAAAUUAAGGACAAACUGUUGAGAAGUCAUGAAGAACUUCUAAAAGCAGGAUUUGAUGAAAAUGAGUUUAAAGAUCUUCUCAGCACUUUUCUCAGGGUACUGGAUCAGCUGGAAGCAGAUGAUCGUGAAGAGACCCUUUUGGGGUUUUUCAAUGAUCAGGCUACCUCAGACAGCAUGGUGAAGUACUUGAGGCUCCUCACAUCAGCACAUUUGCAGAACCAUGCAGACUUCUUCCAGCACUUUGUGGAGGCCCCCAGCCUAAAAGCUUACUGUACUCAGGAAGUGGAAGCCAUGGCAAUGGAGUGUGAUCAUGUGGAGAUCCUGGCUUUGUCUGAGGCACUGGACAUUAGUCUGUGUAUCAUAUCUAUGGACGGCAGCGAUGGCCACCCUGUAUACCACACUAUUCCAGAAGGAUCUCAACCUUCUUUAUACCUUCUCUACAAGACAUCACACUACGACAUUCUCUACAAGUGUAGAGAACAUUAAAAAAGGGACUUGGACCAAAUUUCCACAUUUGGAAGACCACUGACUGCUUUAUAUUAUACAAGAAACGUUUAUACAGCCUUUCCACAGUCUAUAAGAAAAACUGCUGUUACCAGAAAAUGACUUUUUUUUUUUUACAUACAUAAACCUAAGUUUAAUUGACAAAAUCAAGCAUAAAGAUUUGAUUAGACAGAUCAUUUGUAUAUAAACUGAACACAGGUUUUUUGUAAAAGCAUGUUUUUUUAAGCCCUUUAUAGCUAUUUAUCCUCAACAAAAUAAUUACAGCUAUUAAUGAUUCCC